AUGCUCAGAAGCAAUGGCAUCAGAUACGUCUUCUUAACAAACGGUGGUUGCGUUCCCGAGAGCAAGAAAGAGGAAAGUUUGCAGGAGCGACUGCAGAUCCCCAAGCACGAGGACGCUAUAAAGGGAAGAAUGAUUCUUUCGCAUACGCCAAUGAGUGGUUGGAGUGAAGAUAUAAAGAACGAUGGCACGAUUCUGAUCACAGGUUCUCAUCCUGAGAAAGCUAGACAGAUUGCUCUUGAUUAUGGCUUCAAGCGCGUCGUCACCCCAGCAGACAUUCUUGCUGAGUGUGGUGAUGUGUUCCCCUUUGAGCAUAUUGAGGGCGAGAUUAACGGCAAACCUGUGCCACUGCCUGAUGGCAAGCGGAUCCCUCUGCUCAAAGACCCUUAUAGCACAAACAUCCCCGCAAAUGCCCUCAAGAUUGACCAUAUCUUUAUCUGGAACGACCCGAGAGAUUGGUCUGUUGAUAUCCAACUCAUUCACGACUUGUUGAUCUCUCACCAAGGCUAUCUCGGCACUGUUUCGAACUUGAACGGAAAUGAGAAGCUACCCAACAAUGGAUGGCAGCAAGAUGGACAGCCCGGGCUGUGGAUUUCCAACCUCGAUCUGCUGUGGAAGACAAACUACCCUGUGAAUCGAUUUGGAACAGGCGCUUUCAUGGAAGCCUUGAAGGGAGUAUGGUCCACGACGACCAACGGAAAGGAACUUGAGUACAGUGCUCUUGGCAAACCUUCCAACCACACCUACAGGUACGCCCACGAAAGGCUACUGCAAUACUACCACGACAUGGCGUGCAACCGCGGUCAAAGCCCUGGGCAUGAUAAGUCCAAGUACCAUCCUCUCCGCCGCGUCUACAUGAUCGGCGAUAACCCGGAAAGCGAUAUCCGGGGAGCUAGCGAGUUCGAGGCAGAGGAUGGAACCGAGUGGGUGCCCAUCCUGGUGCGAACAGGCGUCUGGCGACAGACUGCGACAGAGAAGGAGCCCCGGUACAAGCCGGUCGUCAUCGUAGACGACGUGGUAGAUGCCCUGGUCUGGGCGCUCAACAAUGAGGGCAUCAAGGCUGAUAGGGAGUGGGUCUUGUCUGCUCUAUCGCAUACGAAGGGUUACGUUAAGCUGCCGCCGCUGGAGGAUGGCGUGCAUAAUGGCGAUCUGGAAGUGGGAGCCAAGUACCCCAGUGAGUUGGAGGCUACUGAAGCGAAGUUGUAG